AUGUUUACCAAAUCGAUUGCCGCCCUCUGGGCUUUGCUACUCUUCAUCUCAGCUGCGCAGGCCCAGUUCCAAUUCUUCGAGCACAUGUUUGGCGGUGGCCAUCAAGAGGAACAUCAUCACCAGCAAGACGUUUCAAGCGACAGCUCAUGGUACCAGCGAACAUGGGAGGGAGCCCAAUGCAGUAGAUACCUCUGCCCUGGCACUCUUGCUUGCGUUCACUUCCCUCACCACUGCCCGUGUCCGCAUCCGAAUGUCGAGGACAAAGUCGAGCUCGGUGAAGGCAGCGCCAUCUGUGUCUCCAAGGGCGGCUGGAAGCCUGGCGAAGCAAAGAGGAAAAUUGAAUUGGCUCGGAAGGGAAUGCUAUGA